GUUUUUCUUUUAUAAUAGCAGUAAUACACACACAUGCGCGCGCUUUUUUCUUCAUCCGUUGCAACGUAGAUAUUUGCAACCAACUGCCGCGGGAUAAUUGACGAGUUAUCGUUUUGUCACUCGACGUUCAUUUAUCGGUUUUAAAACUAAACGAGCCAAUCACGUUUGAUUGGCCACAGAGAGCAGCUUGUUUUCCGCAGUUGUCAAUGUGUUUGCUGUGUGAGACAAAAAAAAAUCCCCAGGAAAAAGCAGAUUGUCGUAGGAAAAAAAAAAAUUUUUUUCCGCGCGCGUUUAGAUGCGUUGAACCGAGUCGAAAGGAGCAACGCGAUAAAACGCGUGAACCAAAACCGGUGUGUGUCUCUCGCUUCCUCGUUUCCGCGCGAAAGAAACUACUUUCAAUCGGGACAGCAUUUAAGAUUGGAGCGCGACUGACCUCCAGACGCCGAUUUCCGGCUCGAAAUUUUGCGAGAAACAUCAGCCCAAGAUAAUUGUUCUCGCGCUUCCUUUCAAAGCGCAUUAUAUAACCAAUUAAUCUCGCUUGUGCGCGCAAAAUCAAAUCUCUGCCCAUAUUGUAACAUCUCGUUCGAAUUAACGAUACGGAUGGGUCGACCCGUCGAUGUCUCUUUAUCGCGAUAUACAUUUGACACGCGCUGCGGCGUCCCGAUAACACACACGCAUGUUACACGCGCGUGUUUCUUUCCGCGUGUCGACUGUUGAUCGUUUGACAUCACGUCUCGAGUAACGUGGUUGGUUUUUCAGCGCUCGACGAAACGGCCGUUAUCGCGCGUCCGCCGUUAUCGGCACGUUCGAAAUUUUAACGAGAUCUGCCGGAAGUUUAACAUCUCGCGUUGUCUCUCGCGCCGCGUUUGCGGUCGCGCGAAUUUAGUCCGACUUUCGUGUGUUGAUUUCUCCGAGUCUCACGUGACGAUUAUAUCCCGAGUCACGUUUGGCAUCGAUCGCAAUCUCACUCUCUCGCGGCUUAUCGUGGACGCGUAUCUCCGCUCGAUUCCGCGUUUGUCAUCUCCGCGUCUGCCUCGUCAACGCUCGAAGAUGAGUUUUUUUUUUCCCUUCUCGUGAAGCCUCAGCAUGGCCAGCAGAUGACUGUUAGCCGAGCUGGUGCUCGUACACUCGACUCUAAUAUGAGCGAAGUAGUGGCAGUGACGCCGACUGGUGGACCGACACGCCAGGAAAGCGUGGCGCACAUCAAGCGACACAAACUCGCCAGCUGUAAUGUUCCUCUCGUGCACGGCCGGCCAAAUCCGUCGAUCAGUCCACGCAGCAGACUGACCACGCAUCAACGAAAUCACAGCUUGGACUUUAGAUCAAUGGGUAUCCUACUACCACCGGUGCCUCAGGCGACCGCAACCACGUUGACGCAUCAUCACAGAAAUCGGAGUCUGGACUCCGCGCUUCAACGAAUCCCGGAAGUGGACGUGACGCCGAGUCCGGAGUGCGAGAAUCCCGCGCCCUCGUCGGCCUCGUCGAAGUCGACGACGGCGGUGACGUCGUCGUCAUCGUCGUCGUCAUCGUCGUCGUCGGGAACGUGCGGCAAGGGAACGCGCACCGCGCGGGAACGCGACGAUCUGGCCAGCCUGGGGUCCGACGACUCCGGCAUCCUGUGCGGCUCCGACAGCGGCUCGAGCGACGCCACGAACGCGCCUGCCACCCGCGAGUCCAGCGUCGAUCACCUGCACAGUCGCGAGAGUCUGGACUCGUCCGUGUCGCAACUGGGCGACGUGUGCUCGGUCGACGCGGUGGACGGUAUGGAGAACAGUAGUGCCGGUAUGGUGUCGAUGUCGGUGCCGGUGUCGCCCGUGGAACUGUCGACACGUCUCAGUGACAGUCCUCCGACGUCUCUUAAGGACGAGACCAGCCUUGACGAGCGUCCACGUUGCGACGACAAUGAACGUUGCACGCAAAAACCGCGAUCCAACGUGAGUGAGCGCGAACACGACAACGUAGACGGCUAUCAGGAUCGCGAGAUCUAUCAGGGCGCCAUGCAAGUGACGUCGCUGGACACGAGUCAGAGCGAGCUGGCCGGCGCGGCCAUGACCCUGUGCUGCGGCACGACCGCAACGCAGCAGCAGGAAAUUGAGACCAUAAAAAAGCAACCGGAUAUCGUCCGCCGACAGCAGCAGGAGACGAAACAGCCGAAACCGUCGGAAGGCUGUCUGCUGCGGCUCUUCGAGAGUCAGAUAUUCGACAUGUCGAUGGCUAUCUCUUAUCUGUUCAAUUCCAAAGAACCCGGCGUUCAAAGUUAUUUAGGUAACAAGAUGUUCAGUUUUCCGGAUAACGAUGUGGACUUUUACUUACCGCAGUUAGUUGUGAUGUACAUACAACUUCACGAUGUAACAGAAGUUCUUUAUCCAUAUCUUGUCCAUAGAUGUAGACAGUCGGCAGAUUUCUCGUUAAAGUGUGCCUGGCUGUUAGACGCGUACAGCUCCGAUGCUCAUUUGCCGUCGAAGAAGAAGUCUCAUGGGACCAAAUUGAAAAAUCUUAUCCUGUCAGAUGAACUCAGGCCAAAGGGAAAUGAGAGUCGAAAGCAGCGUAUUGCCGGGUUGCAAGUUCCUGCGCCAACACUAUUGCCCUCGACGCAAAAUCUCACGUCGCCAAAUAAGAAAACCCACCAAAGAUCUCAGUCGGACGCUACUGGACUGUUCCAGACUAUACGCCGUAGUCAUUCCGGUAAUAUAAAUAAAGUAAGUCUCGGGGACCUGAGCUCUGGUCGAGCGUUUGACAACGGCUGUACCUGUUUCUAUUCCUGCCAAGGUGUGGUGAACGAUUUGCGAGGCCAAAAAACCGAUUGUUUCUGCAACGCACCUCGACUCGCGCCAGAACUCGAAUUUAUUCAAGCGUUAAUAUCAAUUGGUAAAUUGCUCGGAACAAUACCAACAAAGGAAAGUAAAACCGUUCAAUUAGUGGCGGAGCUCAACACGCUUAAUUUGAAUCUUCCCGCGAGGGUGUGGCUUCCUUUGCACAGUACGAUACCUCAUCAUAUCGUUCGGGUUCCGCCGCAAUAUGCCGCCGUUCUCAACAGCAAGGACAAGGCACCUUACAUAAUAUAUGUGGAAGUAUUAGAAGUGGAUGAUCUGUACACAUCGCCCGUGCCAACAAAAAUAAUGGGCAGUUCGUUGAGGCACACCAAGUCGGAAGAGAAUUUAACGGGCGGCGAGCAAUCGAACAUAUCCGCACCCGAGAGCCAGCAGAAUUCGACGACACGACAGACCCCGGUCAAGAAUAUCUCGCCUUACUCCGUUAGAAAUACAGAUGUGGCAUUUAGCUUUCCCGAUGACGACCCCAACGAUUGUUGGAGUCAGGAGGACGACGAAAUCACACAGCAGUAUUUGCAGCUUCGCAAGCCGAAAGAUCGCGACACCAUAUCGCAGCUUAGUCAGGACUCGUCCGACAGCAGAGAGCCAAUCUUCGUUCCGGGCGAUAUCAAGAGAAGAUUGAGCGAAAUGGCAGCUACGCCCAGCGCGACCUUCAGUCAUGAUCCCGAGGACCCGUCGGCAGCGGUUCUCAAAGAACCGUGGGAGCAAAAGCAACGGCGUAUAAGAGCUUCCAGUCCGUACGGGCAUUUAGCGUCUUGGAGAUUGCUCGCGGUAAUUGUUAAGUGUGGCGAUGAUCUCAGACAGGAGCUCCUUGCCUCGCAGUUGCUCUCGAUGUUGCAAAGGAUUUGGCAAGACGAGCAGGUACCUCUUUGGGUGAAACCAUAUAAAAUUUUGUGUCUGUCCAACGACAGCGGCCUGAUCGAGCCGAUUCUUAACACCAUGUCGCUCCACCAGAUAAAGAAACAGUGCCAAUUAACGCUUUUCCAAUACUUCGAACGAGAGUUCGGUCCUUCUACCUCAGAGGCGUUUCGCGUAGCGCAAAGAAACUUUAUUCAGAGCUGCGCCGCGUACUGUCUGGUCAGCUAUCUCAUUCAGAUAAAGGACCGUCACAACGGAAACAUACUGCUGCACAGCGACGGCCAUCUGAUUCAUAUAGACUUUGGAUUUAUUUUAUCGACUUCGCCACGAAAUCUCGGAUUCGAGACCAGCCCGUUCAAGUUGACGCCGGAAUUCGUCGAGGUAAUGGGCGGCGAUCAAUCCAAGCUGUUCGAGCAAUUCAAGAGCCUCAUCCUUCAGGGCUUGAUCGCGGCGCGGAAGCACAUGGAGAAGAUAGUCAAUCUCGUUGAGAUUAUGUUAUCGGGCUCUCAGCUUCCGUGUUUUCGAAGUGGUGGGGCGGCGACUGUUCAAGGUCUUAAGAAUAGAUUCCAUCUCACGCUCACCGAGGAUCAACUGCGUCGCCACGUCGAGGAUCUGGUCGAGGGCAGUAUUAAUUCGUGGUCCACCAAACUCUACGAUCGGUAUCAAUACUUCGCGAACGGCACUCUUUAAUAUCAAACAAGCCGAAACGACUCUUCUGUCUGUCGCGUUUUGGCUAACACCCUUUCGAAGAUGACAACUGUUCGAAGAAAGGAUUAAUACCAACCCCCGGUAAAACGUGCUGUGUUACUUGUCGCACUAUUUUUACGUAUGUACACUUGAUAAACGAGGGGGUUGACCAAUCGGCGGCGCGCGUGUCCAUUUUGAAAAAAAAAAAAAAGAGAAAAACGCUGCUGCAGUGCUGCUGCAUUAGGAAAUCUAAACCACAAGUUUGUGAUAACAAUAGGGUAACACAAAUAGUUGUUGCGUUAAUAAUUAUAAUAUUGCCAUUUAUUUUAAUUCGCGUUAUACUAUAUAUAUAUACAGAGAUGUUCCCUCCCCUCCCCUUCACACUUAUUCGGUUGUUUGCUUCGUUGAGCUGCGUUGAAGAAGCUCGGCUUCGUUUGAUUUCGUGUAAAAUAACAAAAUAUAAAAAGCGCGAUUGCGCGCGCGCGCGAUGACGAGAACAAAGCAGGAAGUUUGUUCCGGGCACGUGAGCUGAUUGGGCAGCGCUCUUUCUUUUCCCCUCCCCAGGCAUUCCACGAACGACUUCUCGAGUGGAAAUUUUUCUUUUUCUUCGUUUCGAAUGUGUGUGAAACACAGAGCCCGGAUUAUAGGAUUUCGGAUAGAUCGCCCAAUCGUUUUGAGUUAUUUCUUGCUUUCGCGGCGAGUGAGAAACGAUACGAAAUAUUUUUAGCGAGCGAUGAGAAGAACUUUAAAAGAACUUUCGAUUGUGUGCACAGUGAUGGGACGUGCGAACAGUUUGCGAGAAAAGAGAGAGAGAGAGAGAAAGAGUGAUGAGAUGAGAGUGAUGCUUCGUUGAAAGUUAAAAAUAUUUAUCGUCGUUUGGGGGUAUAUUGCGAAAGGGAAAGGAACGAACUAUGAAAAUUUUUGCUACCCCACACAGUUGGUUACAUAUAUCCACUAUAUAUAUAUAUAUAUACAAACGUUUUUGUUCGAUACAUUAAGACUGCUGUUGUUUACGUAUGCCUCGAUUGACACAUUACGAAUUUAGCUGUCGCCGACGCGAGAGAGAGACGUGGCGUCGUUGACUGAGGCACGUUGAACUGCUGAAUCAAGUGUAGCUUUACAUAAAAAAAAAAAAAAAAAACACAGCGUAAUUUGUUAAAGGUGCCUUAUUUGUGUAGAAAGAAAGUGGUGUGGUUUGGGGUGUGAUCAAAUAUCUAGAGACAGAGCGGCGCGGCUGAUAUUAUUAUUAAUUACGGCAAUUCUUAGCGCGUAGAACUGACGAUCGGUCGGUGAAGAGAAAAAAACAACAACAACAACAAGCCGGACAAUCUGUAAUUUGUACAUAUAAAACGAGAAGAGAUAAAAAAAAAAAAAAGGACAGAAAAGAGAGAAACGUGUUUUGUUGCGUGGAACUUUCGUCGAUUCGCGGCAAUAAACGGCGGUGUGCGGCAUCGAAAACUCACUCGAAGAUCCCGAGUCGCCGAAGAGGGCGAGCACGCGAGAGGGCUGCGUACAAAAAAAGAAAAAAAAUCUAGGGACUCGGAUAUUAUUACGAGAGGGAGGCAAAUACUCAAAAUCUUUCCUACUUCGUAGAUUAGUAAAAAAAAAAAA